UGUUGUGACGGUUGCGACUGUUCCCAUUAGAUGGAGCUAUAUUUCAGAGGUUUCAGAACAUUCAGAAGCCCUGGUACGAAAGUUGAAACAAAUGAAAGUUCGUGACAUCGUGUUAUAACAUUGACAUAAUAUUAAAAAGAAGUAGUGAUAGAGAGGGACAGUCAUGGUUGAAGAAAUACAAAAUAAACUACAGCUUGAAGUUGAUAAAUACAAAGCCAUUCAAAAAGAUUACCACAAAGCUAUUGCACAGCGCCAACAACUGGACGGACAGCUGAGUGAGAACACUGCUGUAAAGAAGGAACUGGAUCUGCUGAAAGCAAAUGCAGAAGUGUACAAGUUAAUAGGGCCAGUGCUGGUGAAACAAGAUCUUGAAGAAGCAAAGCAGAAUGUUGCUAAAAGAAUCAACUACAUCAACACUGAACUGAAGCGAAUAGACGACAUGAUUGUGGGGCUGGACAAAAAGCAGGAUACACAUCGCGAGGCCAUCACCAAGUUGCAGCAGCAGUUCCAGCAGGCACAACUGAAGAAGUGAGAAUGUGUUUUUUGAGCUCUUUAUUCUGUCAGUUCUGAAAACUUCAACACGCACUAGUCUUCAAUAAUUUCAUUUCUGAAAACAAUCUGUAUUUAUUAAUAAAAUUUUAAUUUACAAUAAAACCUUACUGACAUUGUAUUUCAAGUCCUGCAUUAAGUUCCAUUCUUGUUCAUCAAACAGACAAGUCUUGUGACAAAAUGGAACAAGUUCAGAACUGUGUAAGAUUUGAGGCUUUCACGGCG